UCUCACCAACGGCAGCUUAGAGCUUCGCGAUUCCGGAAAGGGAGGGAGCAGCCGUUGCCUAGCGGUAGUAGUACGCGCAGGUCGGGCAUAGCAGCAUGGCGGAAGACGAGAGCGAUCAAGAGUCGGAGAGACUGGUAGAAGAGCUGGUAGCGAUCACGGAUGAAGACGUGGGGAAUGGUGACUUGUGUCGUGUUAAUAGCGGGGAAUACUGCCGGCGCUUCUGCGAGGUUGUUGAAGAUUAUACAUCGAGAUACCAAGUUCCUUUACCCCAACUCCAAGUCCUUCAGACAGCUCUGUGUUGCUUCACAUCUGCCACCAUAUCCUUCCCAGUCGAAUGUGAGCAAGUACAGUAUGUUUUGAGUAGACUAGCUUUGAGUCUGUUUGAAUUGUUGCUCUUCUUCGGAAAAGAUGAAUUUUAUGAGGCUCCUCUGAAAGACAUUCUUGGCUCGGUGCAGGAGUGCCACGACCAUCUGAUCCGAUAUGAUAACACAGACCUGAAGCUGGUCACUUGCGUAAUUAAAGAUGGCGGGCCUUGGGAAAAUCCAGUAUUACAAGCUAUACUCAAGGGAAGAUCGGAACCACAGGAUAUAGUGGAUAGGUAUUUGAGGUCAGAGCACGAGUUCUUCUUUGAGUUGCGUGUGAGGUACCUCGUUGCCUGUGAGCGUAUUCCAGAAGCAGUGGCUCUCAUCACAACCUGCCUAAGUAACACUGAUGUCAGUAAGAACCUGUACUACCAUCAAGCGUACUUCACAUGCCUACAUAUGACCCGGUUAACUGAUCAGCUUCUGCAUGAGCACGUUCUGAGAAUAAACCCAAGAGAUGGGGUAGAAAUUAUCUGCAAAACUGAGCAGGAAGGUAAAACGGUACUGGCGUUGCAGCUGAGUGAAGCUUUCCUCAUCACACAGUUACAGACUGGGGAGAUGGAUUACAUAUGGGAUUUAAUAUUUAUUUGGAGCAAACUUCAGCUGAAAAUGAACGCCUCAAAGCAAGCCUUUAUUGAGCAGUGCUAUCAGAUGUUAAGGAUAGCCACCAACAUUAAAGUCAUCUUCCCUUUCAUAAAAUCAAUUUUAAAUGAAGUUGGAGAAGUCGGGGGGCAGUUGGCAGUGGAGCUUUGUGGAUGUGCUUUGCAACUAGACCUUCACGAUAACCCAGAAACCAAAUGUUUAAUUUAUAAAACAAUUGCUUACCUUUUGCCCACUGACUUGGAGAUCUGCAGGGUCUGUGCUUUAUCGGCUUUCUUCUUGGAGAGGACCGUCGAAUCCUAUGCUGCGGUUGAGCGUUUGUACAAAUGUUCCGAUGAGGAUUACAAUGAGUUUUUGAGCUGUGUUGAAAACCGGGUGAGGUUUGAGUUACUGCCCAUUCUAAAGAGGGGGUUGAUAUUUGAUCCAGAGUUUUGGAAUUUCUCUAUGAUCGAGGAAAAAUGCUCUUCUUUUCUUGGGGAGAAUAACCCCCCAGAAUCCUGUUAUUCAAGUACACUGGAUACUGAAGUUUCAAAAACUUUAAAUUUAAAUACCUCUCAUAUGGAAUUAAGAAACGGGGUCAUUGACCAUGGGGAGUCCAGGAGCACCAGAUCAAAAAUCUCUCUUGUUAAAAAGAGAAUUACUCCGAUGCUCGGCUCUUACAAGAUCGAUCAUAACGUUCCCGUUCAUCAGUGUACCCUGUGCAACAAGGGGAUUCUUGGUGGCCAUAUCUUCAGACAUGCUCUGGCUCAUCAAAAAAAAGGCUGCUUUUCGUGUGUUUUAUGUUCGAGGAAGUUCAGAAAUCGUGUUAAAAUUCUUAAACAUUUAAAGAACCACUUAAAGAAAAUGCAGGUGCCGCCAAUGGCUUCACUUGACACGGCUUCUGAUGGUGUAUCAGACUCAACCUCAAGUGGAAAUAAAGAAAAAUCAUGCUUGGAAAAUGGAAAUUCUAUUAGUUCUACCACUGAUGUAUUAACUGUUGCCCCAGCCAUAAAUAUGACCUAUGAGGAAUCGCUUCAUCCCAUUAUUCCCGUUGAAAAUCACACAGCCGAUCAUGCUGUUCAAACAGAUAUAAAUGAUUCAGAGGACACAGGUGGUGACAAAGAUGUCUCUGAAUUUACUAAAUUAAAUGGGUCUUUGUGCCCUCUUGCCACAAAACAGGCCGCAAAUGAACCAGUGGUUUAUAAAUGCCCCGCUCAGGACUGUAAACGUCUUUUUAAAAAGAUACGAUCUCUUAACAAGCACGCCAGGAUAGCCCACCCGGCGGAUACAAGAGUACAGCAACACUUAAUGAAACACAACAAGGGUAAAUGCCGAUUCUGUCAGAGAAGGUUUGCUGAUUCCAAACACUUUUUCGAUCACAUGCAAAGACAUGUUUAUCCCGAGGUCUAUUUCUGCCAGCAUUUAAACUGCAAUAAAAGGUUCAAGCUAGUGACCCACCUGGCAGAGCACCUGCUAAGCCAUGAAUCAUUCCAAGCUCAGUGUAGUUUUGUCAACUGCUUUGACAUUUUUAAUGAACUGUCGACACUUUAUGUGCAUGAAGCUCUGCACUAUAAUCAGAAUCCCUGUGAAGCUGACACUAGUUAUCCCGAUGUGGAGGUCGUAGCCAGUGCUCCUGCUUCCAGUGCUUCAGUAGGCAAUGCUCCUUUAGGUCAGGUUCCUUCAGAUGGCUGCACAAAGGACCAUAUUCAUGCAGAAAAUGCUUCCUUGGGGGAAUUGCAGGACUUAAUGGACACUUACAAGCACUUCUCUAGGUUUUCUAAAGGAAAGAAAUCUGUUGAGAAUCGAACGGAAGACUUACCAGUACCUGUUUGGAAAGCAAGAAAGGACACCGUUGAACCAAAGACCUAUACUCAAACAGAGAAAAAAUUAAAUGGUGAUGUUAAUAGAAAUUCGCCAGAAAGUUCAAAUCUGCAAGAGAUAGAGCAGUUGCAGCCUCCCGAGCAAGGCAAACUGGCACAAAGUAACCUUGCCGAUGGAAAGAGUCUGCACAAAUGUAACAUGGCGGAGCAGACUGUAGGGCAAACACCUUGCUUGCUGGAAACCGCACCGCCGAAUGCAGAGACCGUUGCAAAAGACAGUCUGGUUACGGAGGGUGCUCAGGACUCUGAAGAAAAAGGUGCUGCCGGAAGGUCUCCAAGCUCUCCUCUUACAACAUAUGGUAGGUCUCCUAAGGUGCCAUUUGUCAGGCCUCUGCCUCCGAGUUAUCUAGAUGAACAGUAUAUCAGUAUGCCUAAGCGGAGAAAAACUGCUGAGGAACGGGCACCUGAAAAUGACAACGUUUCUAAAAAAUCGGCAGCAAGAUUCAGAUGUGGGAAGUGCCUAACUAAUUACUCAAGCUCAGAAGCACUCAAUGAGCACACAGCACAAAACAAAUGUCGGCUUUAUUUUGGGUUUGACUCCGAUGAUGAAAGUGCCUGGUAAAUGCAUGAAGAAGGAGGAGACAGUAGAACUCAUUUCUGGUUCAGAUUGGCCUUAAGGAGUUGUCACCUUUCACCUUUUUCACAAAUACCAGUGGAGUUUGCGAUGUGUUUUACAAGUCCCGAAAAAUAGUUUUGGUUUUACUGGGAACAAAAAGGUGUGCCAUGUAACGUUACCGGUGUAUCCUGCAUUCAUGACUGAAUGAAAUAAAAAAUAUUUUAUAUUUACCAACAUUGUUUAUGUUGAGAUUUCAUGCUACCAAGGACUUGAUCGAAAUUGUUUUGUAUGAUGAAAAACUGUGCAGCGGUUAAUGACACUUGAACUGGAAAGUGCAACCCCAGUCCUAUGAUUCAAACCCACUUGACAUUACUCUGCCUUGCUGGAAUUGCUGUAUUGUGUUACGGGGUCUAGCACAUGUUGUAAUGUAAAGAAAAGAGUCACACAAAUAUAAGGAAAUGGAUUCUUCCACUGACAGAUAAGUAACAAUUUUAAUAAACAUUUUUUUUUUCCUGGA